CUUGGAUUUAUUUCAACUUCGUAGAACUUGAACAGGAUUUCAAUCAGCAACACUCUCUCCUUCAUCCCAGGACGCUGACACUCUUCCGAUAGUGAAAGAGUGUUCCAGGAUGACCCGAAAAUUAUGUCCGGCCACAUAGGACGACGACUGUACGCGAACAUAUGCAAACGAGCACAUCCCCUCAUCUUCCACGCAGAGCAAUCCUCCGCCUCUGCCUGGUCAGCUUUUAUUACUGGCGCGGCAAGACCAUCAAAUGCCGUCCAGGGCUUGUUUCGAGGAAAUUGGUCAAGGACGUUUCCAUACUCCUCUCCUAAAAAUGCUAAGCAGAUCACUCGACGCUUCGCAUCCGGCGGCUUCCUGGUCCUGGGUACAUCACCACCGUCCAAUGCGGUAGAAUCCGGCGCGUCAUGUGCUAUCUCCUCUUCGGAAAAGAUAAUAAUAUGUCAUCACGGAAGCGCGGGGUACGUGGAUAGACGCAGACUAGAGAGUUUGGCUAGAGGUGCUUGGAGAAGAAGUAUCCAUAUGUCCUCGAAGGGAAAUGAUGAUGUGCAACCGUCCACCAGCUCCACUCCCUCUCAAACCAUCAAUACCACACAGCGCCCGGCGACGCUGCCAUCCGAUGAAACUGAGACCUCUAAUCGGCCACUUGUGAAACCCUUUGAAUCCGAGUCUAAGUUGACGUCUGAACCCGCGCUAUUGUCGUCACACUCGAGCGGCAAGAGUGUCUAUGGAAAGGCGCUCGCUGGGGGUAGUUCUACAACGACCAACCAUUUCACCGACCGAUUGCCCCAUCGACCAACUAAGGAGGAAUUACUGGCCGCUGCGACGGGGUUUUGGUCGAGGCUAAAAGUGCGCUUUAAGUGGUUCUCUAUACGGAGCAUCCGGCCCUUCAAUAUAGAUGAUAUUGGUGCUUUCUUUUCUUGGAUUCUUCUUGGCCAUGUACUGUGGAUUAUUCUGGGAACCACGACGUUUUUUUCCUUGCUUAUAUUGGCCAUUAAUACGGUUUUCGCUCAAGAAACCUUGGCCAGAUGGAUUGGCAACUAUUUGACCAAAUCGUCGGGACUCACCGUUGUUUUCGAAUCUGCCAUCGUACCCAGAUGGAAAGAUGGCGUUAUCACGUUCAAAAACGUGUUCGUUUCAAGACGCCCUGGCCAAGGUGCUGGAAACGUGAGCAAAGGUUCAUCUAAAACCGCAGCUGAAACUGCUGCAGCUGCAGCGCUAAGGGAUAAGCUAUCGGACGUGGAGGAGGAGGAAGAUACGAACUAUACCCAGUUUGAUGUAUCGAUAAACACGGUCAACGUCACUCUAUCGUUUACCAAAUGGUUCAAUGGCAAAGGCCUCCUACGAGAUGUCGAGGUGAUUGGUGUUCGAGGCGUCGUCGACAGGACGCACGUGUGGUGGCCUGAGGGAUAUCUCGACCCCAAGUCAUACCGACACGAGCACAACCCAGGCGACUUCGAGAUCAACUCAUUUAAAAUGCAGGACCUCCUGGUUACAGUCUACCAGCCGGAUAAUUUCCGGCCGUUCUCUGUCUCUAUUUUCUCCUGUGACCUGCCGCAGCUCAGGCGCCAGUGGCUCUUUUACGAUUUCAUGUCCGCUAAUACGAUGUCUGGGUCCUUUGACAAUUCUAUAUUCACGAUCCAUCCCCGGCAAACACAUUCCUAUACGGGCGCACUGUUGAACGAUGGCAGAGAGGAAAAUGGCGAGGCAAGCCCGUGGAAAAAACAUAGUCGAAUCCGUAUUGAUGGACUUAAUAUCGAUCACCUGAAUCGUGGCGUUGAAGGCCCGUUCUCGUGGAUCCGUGAGGGUAAUGUCGAUAUCGUAGCCGACAUCAUGUUCCCAGCCGACAACGAUGAGAGCCUGGCAAAGGUGAUGUCAGACUUUUACGACCGCCUGGAAGCGACCGUUACAUCGAACCACUACCAACCACAUCCUAAUGGUUCUACGUCCCGUGGUGCAAUUGCAGUUCCCCAGGGCGAGAGUGGCGGCGUGGACGAUGCUGUUGCAGUUUCUCCAGAGGCCGUGGAAGAAGAUAAGCGAUUUGUCGUCACCGAUCUCCGUAUCCACCUUAAUAACGUUCGAGCUGUUGUUCCCAUCUUCACCAAGGAUCUUUCAUACGUUAACAACGCGCUCAUCCGGCCAAUCGUCGCGUACAUGAAUUCCAAGCGCACGUUUAUCCCUAUCCAGUGUCGACUUGUGAAGCGUGUUAGCGAUUUUGAUGGUAGUUGGACGAUUUACGAUAGUGGUUUGAUGGACGAUUUAUCGGCUGAAACAUACGAAGCUUUCGCACAAGAUGUCGUUGAUGAACAGGCUCGGAAACGGCGGUUUAAGAAAGUAGGGCUUUGGUCUCUACAACUUGCUGCCCAGGCGAUCUUCAUGGGCAUGGCAGGCAAUAUUGCAUAAUUUUCUAAGUGAUAAACUACCACCCAUCAGCCACCAACAGACAGCUUUACCAAGUAUGUAUAUAUAUAUGUUCCUUUAACGUCUGGGGUGUUUUGCUUUUUGUUCUGUUUCUUGGAGUUCUACUGGGGGACAGAGGAGAGAUUCCCUUGUUGCAAUUAUAUCCUUUCCUAUCUUUCUGUUCUUUUCUUUUUCCCAUUUCCCAAUGUAUAGGAGGAAUUGGCGGUGUUCGUGAUUUAAAAAGUUAACCUGGUCUACAUUCUCGUUAUUUCUUUCUGUUCAUGUUGCAGUGGUGGCUGCGACAGGUUUUUUUCUCUUCCUUUUAUCCACACCGGUCUUAUUACAAAACUAAUAUGUUUCUAUCCUCGGUUUUUUUAUCAACCGCACCGACAUUACAAGUGUUUUGUUUGCUUUCAGUUCCUGAUAUUUGUAUUAUUUCCAUUCUCAUUUUCCGAUUCUCGUACAUCACAUCCUCCACUCUAGACUGCUCUGUAUACAUAUACUGCUACCUGCCAUCUCUGUCUCCCUGUCUCUAUUUAAUGCUGUUGUUUUCCCUUUACUUCUCUCUCUCUCUCUUUUUUUUUUUUUUUUUUUUUUUUUUUUUUUUUUUUUUUUGCUUGCAACAAUCCCAAUCCCGCCUGUGGCAUUUCUUGUUUCUUGUCAGCGAGCAAAACUAAAGCCCGUCUAAGAUCUACAACCCAUGUUGGGCUAAAAUGGAAAUUAAUCCCCAAUUUCAUCUUUAUUUUCACCUUUUUGUUGGUCCAUGUUGGUACCGACAGCUCCAACCACUCACGUUCAAGGCGGGUAGUCAGAAGGGAGAGGGAAAAGGGAAGAAGUACAUAUCCAUUGCAUAUAGUAACAUAAUACUGUUUUAUUAUCAAUUGCCUUUACAUGGUGUGUCUUCUUUUGCUCUCACUACUGUUGAACUCGGGAGGCAAUAAAACUUGCAAGUAAGGUGGUGGAACCGGCGGGACCUCUCUGGUCUAUGCUCCCGCUCGUGUACAUUACAUGUACAUGUCAUAUAUUCAGCGUGCAGACACAUACGCCCGCGGACACAACGUCUCCGAAGCUCCCGCCCUAGUCACGACCGUUUGAUUAUAUGCCUUCGGUCAUGGAUGGACUUUUAUAGGCGAGUAUCUAGAUCAUUACUUUCUUCCUCUACUUCAAGCUCUCUCCACCUGGGCCAGACAGACUGUUGAAUUUUCGGUUCUAUGUUUUGCUUGUGGUCACGUCAUGCAUGUUGUUCUGGGUAACGGCAAUAUAAAGCCCUAGGACGAAAAGACCUGAGGAGUCGAAUUGAGCUUGUCCUGCUGGCUAUGGAACGCAGGAUUUUGAGUCUGCCGAUAUAUUGCAUAGAGAGCAAGGGAUCAGAGAAAGUCAGCGUUGCGAAUAGAACAGAUUUUAUCAAAUAGGAGAAAGCAAUAUGUUAUGGUUGUCCGCACAUGUUCUAUCAUGUUUUGCUUUAUCCUCCUUUCUUUGAGGAUGGAAUUUUCAUAGAUUCCUCCUACCAGUUACUUUGGAGCUUCAUUAUGCCGGAAAUCGCCUUGACCCCAAAUCUCAACAGCUAUCACCCCAAAAAGCGAUUUUAUGGUUUUCCCUCGUAAGGCAACUGAAGGGCUCCAAUGUAGCUGCUAAACGCGCUCGACGCGCAACGGGUUUCCUGAUUUCAGAUAGCUCACCGGAGCACAUCACAGAACUGUGGGGUGACAUGCUGUAAGAGGAUCACCAACAUCCCCAGGUUAUCUGUAGCUGUGAACUUCAACACUGACAGCAGUUUGAGCGGAAACACAGGAUUGUGAACCUAUUACCCAAGGGCGGUCUGAUUUCAAAUUUAUGCAAGAGCUUUAGCUCUAGACAUGCACCGUUGAGCAGCAGUGAUAUUUGCGGACACAUUCCCGGAUAUAGAGCGGCCAAUCACCAUAAUCCCGAAGAAGUAGAAUCCAG